GGCGGAAGUGGGAAGUAGGAAGAGCCGUACAGCUGUGCUUCGUGGCUAACAGAGAAGCUAACAGGCUAACAUCAGCGGAAAUAUCAGGAUCCGUUCACUAAACAAGACGCCUCGACAGCUACUUUGAGACUUUGAAUCUAAUAUGGGAAAAGGUGGAGGUACCUUUGAGAGGCUUCUGGAUAAAGCCACCAGUCAGCUGCUGCUGGAGACUGACUGGGAAUCCAUCCUGCAGAUAUGUGAUCUCAUUCGACAAGGAGACGCACAAGCUAAAUCUGCUGUUGGGGCCAUUAAGAAGAAGCUUAGUGACAAGAAUCCACAUGUGGCCCUGUAUGCACUUGAGGUCCUGGAGUCAGUGGUGAAGAACUGUGGCCAGACAGUUCACGAUGAGGUGGCGAGCAAACAAACCAUGGAGGAACUGAAGGAUUUACUCAAGGAACAGACGGAACCAAAUGUCAGAAACAAGAUCCUGUACCUGAUCCAGGCCUGGGCUCAUGCCUUCCGCAACGAACCCAAAUAUAAGGUGGUCCAAGACACCUACCAGAUCAUGAAAGUGGAAGGUCACGUGUUCCCCGAGUUUAAGGAGAGCGAUGCGAUGUUUGCAGCUGAGAGAGCCCCAGACUGGGUUGAUGCUGAGGAGUGCCACCGGUGCAGAGUCCAGUUUGGAGUCAUGACAAGAAAGCACCAUUGUCGAGCCUGCGGACAGAUUUUCUGUGGCAAGUGUUCGUCUAAGUACUCCACGAUUCCCAAGUUUGGGAUAGAGAAGGAAGUGCGUGUGUGUGAGCCCUGCUUUGAGCUGCUGAACAACCACCCCUCCCUCUCUCCUCCACUCAGGAAAGCUGAGGGGAAAGCCCCCACCCCUAGCGCUGUCGAGUUGCCACCUGAGUACCUGACCAGUCCGCUGUCCCAACAGUCCCAGGUAGAAGUGGAAAACAUGCCCCCCAAGAGAGAUGAGGCAGCGCUGCAGGAGGAAGAGGAGCUGCAGCUGGCCAUUGCGCUUUCCCAAAGCGAGGCUGAGGAGAAGGAGCGGAUGAGGCAUAAGAACUCCUACUCAAUGUAUCCCAAAGCUGAUCCCACUCCAGUGACUUCCUCAGCACCGCCAGUCAGCACCCUCUACACUUCCCCUGUGAACUCCUCUGCUCCAUCAGCUGAAGAUGUAGACCCUGAGCUGGCCCGUUACCUGAACAGAACGUACUGGGAGAAGAAACAAGAGGAGGCUCGCAAGAGUCCCACCCCCUCAGCCCCUGCCCCUGUGCCAUUGGCUGAGCCCCCUCCGCCAAUCAGUCAGCCAGUCGAAAGUCAUGUCCCCGUCCAGCCAGUCAGCAUAGUGGAGCAGCAGUACCAGAACGGGGAGUCAGAGGAGAACCAUGAGCAGUUUCUGAAGGCUCUGCAGAAUUCUGUCACCACCUUCCUUAACCGCAUGAAGAGCAACCACAUGCGCGGGCGCAGCAUCACCAACGACAGUGCCGUGCUCUCGCUCUUCCAAUCCAUUAACAACAUGCAUCCACAGCUGUUGGACAUCCUCAACCAGCUAGAUGAGAAGCGAUUGUACUAUGAGGGGCUGCAGGACAAGCUGGCUCAGGUGCGCGAUGCUCGGGCAGCCCUCAACGCACUUCGGGACGAACACAGAGAGAAGCUGCGUCGUGCCGCCGAGGAAUCGGAGAGACAGAGGCAGAUCCAGCUGGCACAAAAGCUGGAGAUCAUGAGGCAGAAGAAACAGGAGUACCUGGAAAUGCAAAGACAGCUGGCCAUUCAGCGCCUCCAGGACCAGGAGAAAGAGAGGCAGAUGCGUCUGGAGCAGCAGAAACACACAAUCCAGAUGAGAGCCCAAAUGCCUGCUUUCUCUCUGCCCUACGCCCAGAUGCAGUCUUUGCCCCCCAAUGUGGCGGGAGGGGUGGUGUACCAGCCAGGUGCUCCACCCAGCUACCCGGGAACGUUCAGCCCUGCUGGUUCUGUGGAAGGUUCACCGAUGCACAACAUCUAUAUGAACCAGCCUGGACAGACUGCACCACCACAGUACCAGGCCAUGCCCAAUGCUGCCCCAGAUCCCAAUAUGGUUAAUGCGUACAUGUACCAGGCUGCAGGCACCAAUGGGCAGCCUGUUCCUCCUCCGGGUCAGGCUCCGCCCACUACUAGUCCACCCUACUCCAACUAUCAGCCCACACCAACACAGGGCUACCAGAAUGUGGUCUCGCAGGCUCAGAGUAUGCCCCCCAUGGCCCAGCCUCCUCCCACUAACGGUAUGGGUUACAUGGGCUACCAGCAGUACAAUAUGCAGAACAUGAUUUCAGCAUUGCCAGGACAGGACCCCAAUAUGCCCCCCCAACAGCAGUACAUGCCAGGCCAGCCGCCCAUGUACCAACAGGUGGCUCCCCCUGGUGGCCCGCAGCAGCAGCAGCAGCAGCAGCAGCAGCAGCAGCAGCAGCAGCAGCAUGUUCCUCAGGCUGUGCCCGGCAGCGCAGAGGCACAGCUCAUCUCUUUCGACUGAAAGGGGCCCGACACACUACACCCUCUCUCCUACUUUGGUCUUUCACCUCACUUUCUGGACUCUCUGCCCCCCCCCCCCCCCCCUCUUGGAAACACACACACCUCCCACCUUCAACUGUGCUGUGAUGUUGUGGCAAUGUAAAAUAUUGUGAUGAUGUUGCAGAUCUGUCGCUCUCUUUGCAUCUCCUCCACUGAAGUAUGGAAACGUGGGGUGAAGCUGCAAGAGAGGUCACCAUAACCCAGACCCUUUCACCCUCUUCUUCCCUCUUUCCAGCUGAUGUGUAUGUAAUAUUUCCUUAUUAAAUGAAUAACUGAAGCUCAGAAAUAGUCAGUGGUAUUAAAGUUAUAAAACAAAAAAAAGAAUAAAUAUAAUAAUUGAGAAGAAAAAAAAGACAAGACAUAACCAUCCUUUUGUCGCAUAUUUUUCUAAAGCAAAAAUUAGCAUGUUACAUUUUCAUUAUUUUCUGGAAUGGAAGUGAGUUAGUGCAUCGUGUCCUCGCAGUGAUCUGUGCUCGUUAAGAGAUUGUGGGUGUGAAGAUAAAGAGGGAUGUCUAGGGAGAGAAGGAACACUCAAAGGUCUGAAUUAAAAGGCACCAACUCAGAUCUCCGUCAGAUUCACAGCUCGCCAUUCCAGCUGUACUUGUUUUGUUUCCAUCCUUUCUCUCUCACACACACACACACACACACACACACACACACUGGGGUUAUCUUAUCUUGUUUUGCCAUUUUCUUUGUUGUGCGCUGCUUGGAAUAUCGAAUGUUGUAAUGUAGUUUCUUAAAUGAUGAAGCGCAUUGCAGGGACUGUACAUUGUGGGAGGAGUUGUAGAAAAUGACCAGGGUGGUUGUUUAAUCCUCGAUAAAUAUACUUUCAUAAUUUAUAUCAUUGAAAUGACACAACUAGUGAUUAUAACAUUGACAUACUAAAGCAAUACAGCAACUCUAAUAGCAUCCUGCAUCUCUUUAUUGACUUAUGUUGCUGACAAUAAAGUACCGUUACAAGACAAGACGUAAAGAACCAUAGGACCUUAACAUACAAUUAACUGCAAAUGGCCUCCAACCUCCCCCCUCUCCCGUGUGCAACUGUCCCAGAUUGGGAAAUAUACUUAGUGAGUACAGGUGGGAAUUACUUUCUAAAGUGUACAUGGCUCUCCAGAAAUGUGGAAAUGAACAUGACGUGCCGCAUGCAUGUAUGUAUGUAUCACGCACCAAUCAGUGAUUUCUGUAACCCUUCAGUUGCCAUCUGUGAUCUUCAUCAGUCCAUCAUACUGAUCUGUCUGACUUUAAAAGUAAUUUUAAAAUUAUAUUUAAUAAAUAUCUGGUUCUUAUUGUC